AUGGCUGAGAGCGAACGCAUGGUUGAGAGCGAACACACCGACGGAGGGGAAGGAACAGACGACGGCGAGAAGGCAAAAAGAACAAGAAAGAAAGUAAAACAUCCACCGCUGGCGGAUACAGAUGGAAAAGAGAAAGAUGAGCCUACGCAGGAAACGUCCAAAUCUUUUAAAGCCACUCUUCUGGGUACCUCUUCAGAUCAGGUGUCAAGAGACAGGAAAGGCGCUAGUGUCUUCGACGAAGCUUGGGCUGAAUACAUUGAUGGUCUGCAAGGUUAUUUCAGUAAGGAAAAUAUGGAUGGGGUAAGAGAUGAUACUGAGGAUGUGGAUACCGAUGACGAUGAGGACUGUCCAACACUGAAGGUGUCGAGAGCGGACUACGAGAGAUGGUGUGCUCCUUGGAGAAAGUCACUGAUUGUGAAGCUGCUUGGGAAAUCAGUCCUGCUAUGGGUCAUGAAGAACAGCCUAAAGUGGAUGUGGAAAACGACCAAAGCCUUCACUACCAGAGAUAUCGAUAAUGGUUAUUUUGUGGUCUCUUUUGAAGACGAGGAGGAUUUGAAUCGUAUCUAUCAGGAAGGUCCGUGGAUGGUGUCGAACAGGUACCUCGUUGUCCAACGUUGGCGACCAAACUUUGAUCCAUGGAGUGCUGAUCUGCAAAAGAAGAUAGCAGUAUGGAUCAGGAUACCUUUACUACCGUUAGAAUUCUUUAAUGCUGAAAGCUUAAAGAUGAUUGGUUCUUUGAUUGGACGAGCUCUGAAAAUUGAUCGGGUCACUUAUGGAAGCGAAAGAGGUAAGUAUGCUCGAAUAUGUGUAGAAAUAGAUAUUAAAAAACGUCUAAAGUCAGCCGUUAACAUAUUUGGGAGAUGUCGAUGUGUCGAAUACGAGGGACUACACCUAAUCUGCUUCUGCUGUGGCAAAUAUGGCCACCACAAAGACUCCUGCCCUGAGAAAACUACUAAUUAG